AUGAGUGGCCGCCGCCAGUCUUCCACUGCUUCACCCAAGCCCAUUAGCCAUCCUCGGCCCAGUUCAUCUGUUGUCCUCCUCUCUCCAUCCAACCAAGUCCUCCUACUCCACCGUGUACAGACGUCAACCUCCUUCGCUUCUGCCCAUGUCUUCCCCGGCGGCAACCUUGAUCCCUAUCAUGAUGGCGCCGUCCCUGACGUAGACUCGCCAGGAAGACACGAAGAUGGCGAGGCUUACAGACUCGGCGCUAUUAGAGAAUGCUUCGAGGAAACCGGCAUCUUACUAGCUAAAGCCAAGAAUGGUGGCGACGACUUGAUCGCCCUCCCAUCCGAGGAGAUCCAAGCUGCCCGCAAGAAGAUCCAUAAUAACCAGAUCAAGUUUGGUGACUGGCUAGAGAGCAUAAACGCCGUCCCAGACACAUCCAAUCUCCGCCCCUUCACACGCUGGAUCACCCCAACCAACGUCCCCAAACGCUUCACCACCCAAAUGUACCUCUACAUGCUCCCCCUGGCCAGCAACCUCCCAUCAGAAAUGCUCGUGCCCACGCCCGACGGCGGCGUCGAGCACACGGCCGCCGUCUUCGCCCCGGCCCAGCACUUCCUCUCCCUCGCCGCCAAAAAGGACAUCAUCCUCUUCCCGCCCCAGGCCUUCCUCCUAGUCCUACUGACCCGGUUCAUCGCCGCCGCCGAGGCCAGCCUGGAGGAGUACACCUCGCAGCGGGAGAGGCUGCUCUCCUUCUUGGAGCAGGUACCCACAGCCGAGACACCCAAGGGGAGGGAGCACCCGACGGCGCGGAUCAGCUGGGCGGACAAGGUCAUGAGCCCGCACAACCUGUUCAUCCGCGCGAGCGACGGGAGGAUCGUCCUGGGUAUAGACAAGCCGGGCCCGGAGCUGAAGGGCACGGCGAGGGGAGGGGACUGGGAGAGGGUCGUGCUGGUCCGGUUCACGAAGGCGGGACCGACGGAGGUGGAGAUUCGGCUGAGGCAGGAAGUGUUAGAGGAGGAGCGGCAGGCGAAGGGGGGCGGGAACAAACUCUAG